GUCACCGGGAGAGGUCUGUUAAUGGGCGGAGAGGCUGGCUCAGGGGCUAUCUUUGUUGAGGGCAACGCGGGCGCUUUGACCCCGCAGUGUCCGAGGAGCUGCCUGGACUCGCAGCUGCGGAAGCCUGUUGGCUCCUGUUGGUCGGGAGCUGCCCAGCCCGGGCCUCUGCCCCUUGGCCAGGGUGGCUUGAGCGUGGCCGCUGGACUCAGCGCGCACGGUGACUCCAAGUCCAAAUAUUUCAGCACGAGCGAAAGGUGGAAAAACCACUAGACCCAAGUCACGGCUAUUGUGAGAAAGUUUGCGGAGGUGGCGAAGAGAGGCAGUGCUACAGAAAUUGCAAAGAACAAGCGAGUGGUACGACUGAGAUCUCAGGCGGGAAACCUUUUUGCUGAAUGCAGUGGAAAGAAGGAGAUGCCCAGAACUGACUGACUUUGGCUAAACAUCUGUGAGCGUUAGACUCAGACUCUGAGGGUGAAGGUACUGAUAUUACUGCAUUGCCAUUGCCAAGUACGUCAGAAGGAAGCUGGAUCCAGGUCAGCCAAAGACAACGAGCAGGAAGUGUCAUGUUGUUUUCAAUCACAAAUGGUUUUGUUGUUUUCAAUCACAAAUGGUUUUGUAACAAAAACAACUCCAGAACUGAAACAAAAGAGAGACUGGAAAAUUGCUAAUUUUUUUUGUAGCAGUAAUAUUCCCGUUUUUGUUAUUGAGCAUCCAACUUUUCAAGCAAUGAACAGCUGCCUACGGCCAGGCUACCGAGCACCCAGUCAAAAGCGGGUACCAGGUGAACAGUGAAAUGCAGUUACUGAUGGCUUGAGGGGUGGAAGCAUGCAACAAAUUACAUGGAAAAACAGUUACGGCCGGCGUAACUGUGUGGAUUGCUCACUGUGUGCAAAUAGGGAAGACUGCUUCAUGCGUCAGUGGUUGAUAUGGUAUGCAAUAAGAAGCCUGGACAGUACUAUGCUACACUGGCAAGAGAAGCCAAGGCAUUAGCAAAUGAACUGUACAGUUGCAUUGUGAAGAGCGACAUGACAGAAAAUAAGAAAAAGAUGGAAAGUAUGAUUGAUUUGGAAGACGAUGGAUGUGCAUCAUAUUGACUCAAUCUUCUUGGACAAGAACGUACACUAAGUGCUUUGAUGAAACGUAGAUUGCCAGAAUAUUUUUGUAAAUUGCUGUCAGCCUAGAGCUUGGUUCAAAGAAUGCCAAAUCCCCAGUGACACGAUGGAACAAUCAAAUAACAUGCCUGGAAACGUGUUAAAAAUCGGCCACAUUAUCUCAGGAUUGUGAGAACUCAUGAGGCAGAAUUUGAAGAUAGAGCGAUCAGUAUAAUUAAUACGCAAGGAAUUUACCAAGAAGCAAAGAACUUGAUCACUCAAUUGAAACCAGUUGCGGUGGCACUUGACACACUCCAAAGGGACACACAUCAACAGUUGCUGUUACAUGUGAAGUAUGGUUGGAUCUGCAGAUAAAUGAAGAUCUUGCACCACAUAAAGCAAAAGUACAAAAGAGACGUCCUGAGGCAAUUACUCCUGUACACAUGUUGAUCAAUCUCCUUCUCAGGAAAAUACUCAGGAAAGAAACCGUCAGCUGAACAAGAAUAUAUUGCAAAGCAGUGGGUGCUUGGCAUAAAUCUGAAUGUUGCGCAAUAUUUACUUGCAUUUAAAGCAGAAGGAUGUCUGGAUUCAAAAAUCUACGUUUUCAUCCACUAUGAAGAAAAAGGAUGGGAAAAUCUGAAGGAUGCUGAUAGUCCAUCUAACUUCAUAGAACUGGGUGUGAUGUUCCCUGCCCUGCACCACCUCCGCCUGGGCGCCCGCCCCACACUUGGUGCCAGGAGGGCAGGCGGCUCUGCAGGGGGGUACCUGUCCCGGGAGAAUGAGCAGCGGUGCCGAGGGCUGCUGGAGGCCUCCACCAGACGCUACCGGCAGGAGGCGGUGGCAGCGGCUGUGCUGGUGACGCUGUGUUCUGUGGGCGGGUACCCUGCGCUGCUGUACACGCUGCGCUCCAGCACGCUGACGGGCCAGCACAAGGGAGAUGUCAGUUUCCCGGGCGGCAAACGCGACAGCUCCGACCAGGAUGUGAUUGCCACAGCGCUGAGGGAGACUCAGGAAGAGCUGGGCCUGCACUUGGGGGCUGAGAGCGUCUGGGGAGUCAUGAGACCCCUACCCACCGGGAGGGGACUGACUGUUGCUCCCGUCCUGGCACAUCUGGGCCCCUUGGAGUGUGUGUGUCUGAGCCCCAACCCACAAGAGGUCGAGGAUGUUUUCACCAUCCCUCUGUCUCACCUGCUGCAGGCCCAGAACCACGGUUACACCCACUUCCGCCACCAGGGUCGCUACAGCCACACGCUGCCCAUCUUCCUCAACAGCCGCUACCGGGUGUGGGGGCUGACGGCCAUCAUCACGGACCUCACGCUGGAGCUGCUGGCGCCCAGCGCCUACCGCCGGAGAACACGCCCACCCAGCUCCCGCUGAGCCCCCAGCCCACCUGCGCUAUGGACUGCCCCAGCCCCGCAGCAUGGAGAGAGCCAGCUGGCCGGUCUGGGUGAGGUCCCCCUGGAGGCAGAGAGAGCCAGCGGGGGCAGGCUGGGUGAGGUGUCCCCUCACCUCAAGGGCAGAAAGAACAAGGGGAGCAGGCUGGGCAUGCCUGCCCCAGGAGCGUGGGACAGAGCUGAGGGGGUGACCCCAGGAGGGAAUCCCCAGCCCCUGAUAAUGCUGCGGGGGAGAAGAGUUACAUGGUGUCGGGAGGGGGGAUACUGGUGAGACCUGCGUGAGCCGUGAUGCUGAAGCCUGCUGUAUUUCAUGUGGGGCCUACGCAUAAACAAACCUCCC